AUGACCAGCACCUUCAUCCCAGGGCACACCGGUCAGAACCCUCAUUACAUCCCGGGGUACACUGGACACUGCCCAUUGCUUCGGUUCAGUAUGGGCCAGACCUACGGGCAGCUGACUGGGAAACUUCUUCGAGGCCCUCCAGGCCUAGCCUGGCCCCCUGUCCACCGCACCCUUCUACCUCCCAUUCGGCCUCCAAGAUCUCCUGAGGUUCCCAGGGGGCACUCACCUCUCAGACCUGGUCAUGAAAGACUUAGCUCCAGCAUGAUCUCUGGAUAUACAGGUUUUGUACCUCGGGCACAGUUCAUCUUUGCCAAGAACUCCAACCAGGUCUGGGCUGAGGCUCUGAAUGAUUUUACUCAGAGGCACAGGGAGCAACGGAGCCAUGAGCUGCCAGAAGAGGACAAGGAAGAAAAAGACACGGAGGAAAACCGAGAGCCAAAGCCAGAGCUGGAGGCGAAGAAGGAGCCAGAGCUGGAACAGGAAGAACAAGUUUCUCCUUAUUCAAUGGAUGACAGAGACCCUAGGAAAUUCUUCAUGUCAGGCUUCACUGGUUAUGUACCCCGUGCCCGCUUCCUCUUUGGCUCCAGCUUUCCUGUGCUCACCAAUCAGGCAUUGCAGGAAUUCGGGCAGAAGUACUCAAAGGGCAGAGGUCGGAAGGAUCCUGUACAGCUCCCCCCAGUUCCCAGGACGUACCCUCAGAACUUGUGCCUUUUACCUAACUAUGGGGGCUAUGUGCCAGGGUACAAGUUCCAAUUCGGCCACACAUAUGGGCAUCUCACCCAUGAUGCACUGGGCCUCAGCACUCUCCAGAAACAGCUCCAGGUGUAG